UGCCCACUUAACAUUUUAAGUGUACCAGGAUGUUUUUAUUUUUUUGUUGUAAAAAUUAAAAUGAGUGAUCCGAUAUAUAUCAGUUUUAUUGGAGAGAAAGCAGUUGGGAAGAGCUCUAUUGUUGAUUCUUAUAAUUCGAAACAUUACAAUCCUGAUUUGUAUGCAACUAAAAGAGUGGAGACUCAUAUCAUGAAAAACACAUUUACUGGAGAGUUAAAUGUUUAUGUUUAUGAUAUGGCAGGGGAAACACACGAGGCAACCAUUAUAGCGUUAUGUGUCACCUGUGACGUAAUUGUUCUUGUUUAUGACAAGACGUAUAGACAAAGUUUCAAGAAGAUUGACGAUUUCUUCAAUAUCAUCAUACAGCAUAUACAUCCAGAAAAAUCAGUGGUUGUUCUGUUGGGAAACAAAACAGAUGACACAAACGGAGAACAGGUGAAAAAAGAUGAAGGAUAUAAGAAACACAAAUAUCUGAAGACAGAUUUAUUCAUAGAAACAUCAGCAAAGACAGGAUACAACAUAAAUGAGCUUUUCCAAAAAAUGGAGGAAGAAGUAAAAAAGAAGCGGGAAGGGAACGUAGAAGUUUUCCAGAAAGAGGACACUGAUUAUUUGAUAGAGCCUCAAAUUCAAACUUAUAUUUGCCCUUGUACAUGUCGAUGUAUUUGCCCAUCAUGCCGUUGUUGUGAUUGCACAUUAGUGUAAAUUAUGCUAUGAAUGAUAUAACAGACAAUAGAUAGCAUAUGUGAGUAUUUCAAUCACACAUAUCUUUUUACUCAUUCUGCUUCUGCAUAUAAGACGAUGCACUGAAAGUUGUUAGUAGAUUCUACCCAGAAUCGAAGUUUCUUUAAACAUUUUUAGUUGUUGUGGAAAAUGGAUGUAUCAAAUGUAGAUAAAUAUUUCAGCUGUCCAAAUUAUAAAAAAAGAUAUGUACUUGUUGAUAUAUACUUAAACAAAUUGAUCGUUUCACCCCAACUUUAAAAUCUACGAUAAAAAUAAUACAUAAUUAUUUUUUUUUUAAAUUCUAUCGAAAUUAACUUGGUACAUGAAUUACGUCUUAACAUAUUGCAUGUUAAAUACUUAUAUAUUUGGUAUCUGUUGUUUUACGAAAUUGUGACAAAGCUUGAAUAGAUAAGUUUCAUAUUAUAACGCCUUAAAAAAUAAAAUCACAAAUCGAAAAGAAUAAUCUAACAUGCUAAACCAUAGAAAAGACGGGAUACGCACAUAUUUAAGUAAUUUUAAUCGACAUGACGGUUAUAGACUACGCUAACUGCUAUCUAAUACCAAAGACACAAUAAAGGCGAUGCUAACUACUACUCAGUAACAAAGACAGGAUGUGAUUACGCUAAUGAGUAUUCAAUAGCAAAGACAAAAUAUAGACUUCACUGAGUGCUUUUCAAUAUUAAAGAUAUGAUAUCGACUACGCUAAGUACUAUUCAAGAGAAGAGAUAGAAACAAGACAACGCUUAUACUGGCAAUAGCAAAGACUGGAUAUCGACUCGGGGUACCAAUCGCUAAAUUCUAAAGCACCUGCUGGUAAUGGGUUCGAAAGGGACGAAUCCCCCGAAACUAUCGAGAAUGAGAUACUGUAAUGGUUCCGGUCAGUAAAAAAACAUUGAUAGCAACAUACUUUUGAAUCUGAAUGGUUUAUUUGUUUUGGUUAAAUUUUGUAAUAUGUAAACUUUAGAAAAGUACGUAGAAAUCUUAGUAGAUUCAGACUUUUACAAUAGAUUCGAACAAACAUAUUAAAUGAUCUAUUUGAGUAAAUUGAGUUCCUUUUUAGCUCACCUGGCCUAAAGGGCCAAGUGAGCUUUUCCCAUCACUUUGCGUCCGUCGUCGUCCGUCGUCGUUAACUUUUACAAAAAUCUUCUCCUCUGAAAUGGGCCAAAUUAAACCAAACUUGGCCACAAUCAUCACUGGGGUAUCUAGUUUAAAAAACGUGUCCGUUAACCCGGCCAAUCAACCAAGAUGGCCGCCGUGGCUAAAAAUAGAACAUAGGGGUAAAAUGCAGUUUUUGGCUUAUUUCUCAAAAACCAAAGCAUUUAGAGCAAAUUUGACAUGGGGUAAAAUGGGGUUUAUCAGGUCAAGAUUUAUCUGCCCUGAAAUUUUAAGAUGAAUUAGAUAUCCCGUUGUUGGGUUGCUGCCCCUGAAUUGGUUAUUUUAAGGAAAUAUUACUGUUUUUGGUUAUUAUCUUACAUACAAUUAUAGAUAGCGAUAAACUGUAAACAGCAAUAAUGUUCAACAAAGUAAGAUUUACAAAUAAGUCAACAUGAUCAAAAUGGUCAAUUAACCCCCUCAGGAGUUAUUGUCCUUUAUAGUAAAUUUUUAACGAUUUUCAUAAAAUUUGUAAAUUUUUACUAACACUUUCCACUGAAGUUACUGGGCCAAGUUCAAUAUAGAUAGAGAUAAUUUUAAGCAGCAAGAAUGUGUUGGCUUUCCAUAGUUAAGUAAGAUGUACAAACUCAUCACCAUCACCAAAACACAAUUUUGUCAUGAAUACAUCUGCUUCCUUUGUUUAAUAUUCACAUAGACCAAGAUGAGCGACACAGGCUCUUUAGAGUCCCUUGUUAUUCAAAUUUGGUCCCUUUUUCAAAAUUACAAUCCAUUGAAAAAAGAAGCACAAGGCUGAUGUGCUUUUGACCAGUUUUUUUCUUAUUCUAUGUCGAUUACUUGUUUUAUUUUCAAAAUUCAAGUGUACGCCCGGGCGUUUUGACGUAAACGUAGCUACGCGCAUGAAUACUAGUAGCAUAUGAUAGGAGUAGAUUACGCUAAGUUCUAUUGAACAGUAAAGAAAGGAUAAAGGCAAAUAUAAGUAAUAUUCAGUAGAAAGUACAAGCGACUACAGUACCGAAUGAUACAACAUAUUGUUCAAUAGAAUUAACGUAAUAUAAACCUAUCUAAGUAUUUUUUGAUAAAAAUAUCGGUUAUAGACUAUCAAGUUUAGUUCAAGUGCAAAGACAGGAUAUAUUUUACACUAAGUAUUAUUCAAUGGAAAGACGAAACAUGAUCAAUUCAAUCAUGGCACACUAUCUUAUUCAACAAAAGUAUAAGCAAAGACACAGCGUGUAUGAUACUCUAAUAACACUUAUCAAAGAGGAAAUAAUAAACGAUAAUAGGUAUGUUCUUUGUUCUUUUUGAAUGGUAAUCUGGAACGAUCCUAACUGUACUUGAUGUUAAAACAACAUAAGUGUUUAAAACAACAAGACGUGUAUCCCCGAAUAAGACUGAAUAUAA